AUGCUAAGUAGAGCAUUGUUACGAUCUUCAAAACAAUUUCCCCUAUCAAGGUCAGCAUGUCUAUUGUCUCUCAAUAGAAGCAACAUACUGUCGACAUCAAGUUUUCUAGGUAAUACAUGCACAAAAGCGCAUUACUCUGUCAAGAGAAAUGUCCAGGAAGAGCCCAAGAAGCCAAGAAGCAAGCAGCAUCAAUUGAUAUGGUCACAAUUCAAAAAUUACUCAAAAUUGACCUUCUCUGUAGGUUUAAUCAUCUCUUCAUUUGCGAUAUCAGUUGUAAUACUAUAUUUAAUCAUAUUUGAGCUAUUUUCACCAACAGGUGAUACACAAAUAUUUAAUAGAGCAGUUUCUAUGACUCAAAAGGACCAAACAGUGCGUAAACUACUCAAUUGUAACGAUAAUAUCCUGAAAAAGGAAAAACUUAAGGCAUUUGGAAAUCUAUUUACUACUGACAGAUGGACCCGUAACAGACCAAUUACUUCAAGGAGAAAAUUGGAUAAAGAAGGACACCUUCAUUGCUUCCUUAAAUUUCAUUUACAAUCAAAGGCUAAAAUUGGUGUCGUUCAUUUAGAAACGAUUGAAAAAAAUGAAAAUAAAUUGAUUAAACAAUUCUCUAAGCCACAAAUAACAUCUUUGUAUAUUGAUGUCCCUGGUGAAAAACGUUAUUACUUAGUCAAGCCAAAAUUAAAGCAAAUUAUUAAGCCCACUGGUUUCCUUGGUAUCAAUUGGGGUUCAAGAAGAGAUAAAUAA